AUGUCUUCUUUCACCCUCUUCGAAACUUCCCUGGUCCUCUUCGGUAUCGGGCGUCACCGGUACGGGCCCGUUGUGAGAACUGCCCCCGAUGAGCUUUCCUUCACCAUCCCGGAAGCCUGGAGAGAUAUCUAUGGCCACCGUGUCGGACUUGUAUCCGGACUUCCAGAGAUCCCUAAAUGGCCGUUGUUUUACAGAUUUACCAAGCAGGAUGUUUCUAUAUUCAACGCUCCUCAGGGCCAACACGGUACUCUGCGACGAGCUCUAGCUCACGGGUUUUCUGAGAAGAGUACCCGGGCGCAAGAAAGCAUAAUUGGCGGAUACGUCGACCUACUAGUAACGCGGCUCAAGGAGGUUGCAGAUAGCAAAGCACCCACCAACAUGGUUCAGUGGUAUGGUCGUAGCAACUAUACGACAUUUGACAUUGUCGGCGACUUAGUUUUCGGUAAUUCUUUCCAAUGCCUGGACAAUGCCAACUAUCAUCCAUGGGUCUCUCUUUUUGCCGAUUCAACAAGACAGAACUCUAUUUUCGUAGGCUUGAAGAUAUUGGGGCUUGAUUUUCUCGCUCUGGCAACUAUGCCCUUGGUCAUCAGGAACAUGAUCAAACACUUCAACCUGACGAAAGAGUGGCUACAAGAGCGGAGAAGGCUAGGUACCGACAGAGGUGACUUGAUUGAAGGGCUGUUGAAGAAGGAGGGAGAAGAAAUCAGCUUUGAUGAGAUUCACGGGACAUCCAUGGGCCUCAUCUUCGCCGGAUCCGAAACGACUGCGACACUAUUGAGUGGUGUUACCUACUUGCUGCUUCAGAACCCUAAGACACUAGCCAAGGUCACAGAGGAAGUGCGAUCAUCAUUCAAGUCGGACAAGGAAAUCACGCUCCUCUCAGUCCAAAAUCUCGACUACAUGCUGGCCUGUCUUGACGAGGCGUUCCGGCUAUACCCCCCCGUUGGCAUCGGUCUGCCUCGACAGAUUCCCAAAGGCGGAGUUAAAAUUGCCGGCAUCUAUGUUCCAGAAGGCUCCAUCGUAGAUGUACCGCAGUAUGCCAUCCACCGUAGCCCCGACCAUUGGACAGAACCAGAGAGCUUCCAUCCCGAGAGGUUCCUCGGCGACGCUCGUUUUGCCAAUGACAAAGUUGAGACGCUACAGCCCUUUUCUGUCGGACCUCGAAACUGCAUUGGGAAAAACCUUGCCUACGCAGAAAUGAGGCUCAUUCUCGCCCGUGUGCUUUAUAACUUUGACCUGAAAAUGGACCCCAGCUGCUCAGGAUGGUUAGAUGGUCAGAAAUCUCACGCACUCUGGAUAAAGCCACCGCUGAAGGUUCAAUUGACUCCCGCAAAGGCUACAUAA